AUGGCAUAUAAGAAGGUUGUGGUCAUGAAGGUGGCAGUACUAGCUCUUGUGCGAGCUUUAUCUGCAACAGAAAUUUCUACAAGACCUGAUGUUCAUGUCUUGGAUCUCUUUCACCUACUAAGCGCUGCCAAAAACCAUGCUUCUGAUAACUUUGUGAGAGUGGUGCAUGGGAAGAAUAAAGGAAAUAGCAUAGCUUGCUGUGAUGCUUGCGCUUGCACUAGAAGCCAGCCUCCGCAAUGCAAAUGCAACGAUAUCUUCCGCGAUGAAGAUCGAUGCGAGGGCUGUGGUUUAUGCAUCUGCACAUUUAGCAUUCCCCCAAUACGCACGUGCACUGAUACAACAGACUCUUGCAGUCCACUAUGCUCCGCUGAUGCUGCAGCUAAUUCUGUAUUGAAGACUAAAGUUGCUCUCAACUAA